GCCACACUUGAGCUCUCCUGUCCUAUCCUAGCUCACCAAGCUCCAGUGGUGUCCCUUUCUUCCCAAUCAUGUCGACGAUAAAUAUGUCCAGGGACCCAUUGGUCGUUGGCCACAUCGUUGGGGAUAUUGUGGACCCUUUCAUGACUACUGCGUCAUUGAGGAUCUUCUUCAACAACAAGGAGCUGACAAACGGGUCUGAGCUCAAGCCAUCUCAAGUGUUCAACGUUCCAAGAGUUUAUAUUGGCGGGCGAGACAUGAGGAAUCUGUACACGCUUGUGAUGGUGGACCCUGAUGCACCAAGCCCCAGCAACCCUACUAAAAGAGAGAACCUUCAUUGGUUGGUAACAGACAUUCCAGAGACUACUGAUGCAAGUUUUGGAAAUGAAAUAGUCCCCUAUGAGAGCCCACGUCCAACUGCAGGAAUCCAUCGUUUCGUUUUCAUCCUGUUUAGGCAGUCAGUCAGGCAGACCACUUAUGCACCAGGGUGGAGAGCAAACUUCUGCACAAGGGACUUCGCAGCGAUCUACAAUCUCGGAUCGCCUGUCGCUGGGAUGUACUUCAACUGCCAAAGAGAGAAUGGCUGUGGUGGUAGAAGGUACAUUAGGUAAUAUAUAGUUGGGCGCAACCUUACCUCCUAUAUAUAUAUAGCUUAUAUAUAGUUGUUUCUGGUGUGAGUUUGCCUCUCUGAAGGAAAGAUAGAAACCGGGAGAUAAGUACGCAUGAAGCACAACAAAUGCUUGAAUGUGUGCGUGUGUAUGUGUGUCUGUGUGUUUGUUUGUCUGUUGUGUGGGCAUUGCAUGCUACUGGUCCAGUCAAAAUUAUAUAUAGCUAGUAACUGAGUAGUACACUAAAUAUUGCAAUGUGCCCUUGUUUGCUUGAUCCCAAAGAGUUGGGCUCCAGUCCUUGUGAGAUACCAAAAUGUGGUUGUGUGUUGCUGAAAUACAGACGAUUCAAUGUA